AUGUUCAAAUUAAAAUUACAAGACACUUAUCAGCGCCAGAUUCAAAAGCUACUAAUUUUGGCUCUUUCAACAGGACUGCUCGGGCUUUGCUUAUUUUUCUUUUUUUCUUAUGUAAGAGUUGAAGCCGAUGUCAUUGAAUACAACAUAAAACUGUUGAACAACAUUCGAGAAACCUUAAACUCUAUCAAAACCUCAAACUCGACAUUUUCUCGUUCGAUUUACAAAAAGGACGUCUGCAAGUAUACUAGUUUGAAUUGGGAAUGGAUUGUUGAUUCAAAUGGAAAUGUCUGUCGGUAUGGGAAUAUUCAUGAAAGCACAAACUGUUGUCUCACCGAUGGAUACAUCGAGACAAACGAUUCAUCUUCUAGUCCUAAAUGCGAUAAAAGAUAUGAGUGUUGCGCUUUAUAUGAAUUUUGUAUUUCCUGUUGCUUGGAGGCGACUUGGAGCACGCUGUUUUUGAAAUUUCAAAAAAAUAAAUUUUUGUUAGAUAAAUUUUUAUUUAUUCAAGGUGGACUUCCGAAAGACGUGUUCGACUUUUGUAUCGCAAAAUGUAGAACGAAUUCCAAUAGUGUUGUGCACGAAAAUGAAUUCAGGAGUAAAUGGAAAUACUGUUAUGGGAAUAAACCUGCUCCGCUUACAGUGUUGCCGUUGAGGAAAAGAUGAAUGUUUGAUACAAGAAUUUGAACUGAAUGAAUUUUACUGCAGCGAGAAUAUGUGUUUCAAGUGUAAUAUAAAUAGAAAAGGGUAGGUUAAAUGUAAUUUCAGCAACAAAAAAGAUUGCAUGCUAAAGGCGGUCUCGCCAGCAGAUACGAAAAAAAGAUUAAGGCAUGUAGUAUCAAAGACGAAAGGCAAAUUUAAAUGCCCUCGAAAGGCAAUAAAGCUUCCACGAAAGCAUAGCAAUAUCUAUAUGGUGAGCAGCAGAUAAAGAUUU